CUUUUUCCUGUCACUGAGAGUGUGAGGGAGCUGAUUGGCUUCCACCUCCUCACAGAUGGCGACCUCUCCAAAUUUUCCAGCGUCAGCCCACUCCGGAGCCAGUGGAGAUAAAAAGGCUGAACAUGAGCUUGAUAUUGGAGAAAGGAAGGAGAAGACUUUUGGUCCUAGUUAUUCCAGGGAGGGACAAACUUCCACCCAAACAUCAUCUCGACCUCAGAGCCCUUCGGUAUCCAACCCAGCGCCAAAUCUGACUUCUAGCAGCUCUUUGGAGGCAAAAUCUGCCAACUAUUUUUCUGCUUUGGAUGCCACUGUGGAAGAUCUGCAGAACCGAGCCCAGAUCUUGAUUGAUAAAAUCAACGAGGGACGGAAUAAAGAUCAGGCUUUAAUGAAAAACUUUCAUGAAAGUCUUGCCAAGAAGGUUGCAGAGCUGUCGCAGUGCCUGGAGGCCAGAAUUUACCACAUGUACGACGAGCACAACAAACUGCUGCAGGAGAGGCUUCAGGAGCUGCCAGAGAUCAUGGACCGGAUCGGAGAGCUGCAGUCAGAGCUGAAAGAAGUGUGCCACACUGUAGCUACUGUCUACCAAGACCUCUGUGUGCCUCCGGAUGUCUAAUCCCCAAGGUUUCAUUAUAUGUUAUAUGUUAUAUAUGUUAUAUAUGUGAUAUGGUUAUAUUCUGCUAAUUGUACUCAAUCCACUUACUCAAGUAUCUGCCUGUUCAUGUGUGGUUUUGUUUCAGGUUACAACUUGGUUCUGGUGUUUCUAAAAUAAAACUACUGCCUUAAACAAA